AUGGCCACCACUGCCAAAUUGAUCAGAGACGAAACAGGUAAAAAAGUUGAUGCAACACUAUAUAGAAGUAUGAUAGGCAGUUUACUUUACAUUACUGCUAGUCGUCCUGAUAUUUAUUUCAGUGUUGGGGUUUGUGCUAGAUAUCAAUCUACCCCCACUAAACUACAUCUUACUGCUGUAAAAAGAAUUCUAAAAUAUCUGGUCGGUACCACUGACUUUGGUCUUUGUUACUCAUGUGAUACUAAUAUUUCUUUGGUUGGAUUUAGUGACUCAAAUUGGGCAGGUAACCUUGAUUAUCGGAAGAGCACUUCAGGUGGUUGUUUUUAUGUGGGGAACAACCUGGUCUCUUGGCACAACAAAAAGAAAAACUCCAUCUCGCUUUCCACUGCUGAAGCGGAGUACAUUGCAGCAGGAAGUUGUUGCAUUCAACUUCUUUGGAUGAAACAAAUGUUGCGCGAUUAUGGCCUCUGUCUUGACACCCUGACCAUUUAUUGCGACAAUACCAGUGCCAUCAAUCUCUCCAAAAACCCUGUCCAAAAUUCUCGUACCAAGCACAUUGAUAUCCGCUACCACUUUCUUCGUGAGUUAGUCGAGUCUAAACUUAUUGUCUUAUCUCAUGUUGCAUCUGAAAGUCAACUUGCUGAUUUGUUUACAAAGGCUUUGAGUUCCCAAACUUUUGUUCACUUGAGAAAGUCAAUAGGAGUUUGUAUGUUUGAGUGA